AGCCGGCGAGUUGGAAGAGGCGGCGGCGGCAUCAAAAUGGCGGUCGCGACCCGAGGGCUGACUGUGAGUUUCUAUGGUCGGCAUCUUCCCAGGACCAGGGUGUGGCGCUCUUCGGGAGGUCUGAAUAUGACCGUAGCCGCUCCCUUUUCCAUGUGCCGUUGCUGCUGGCUGUGCCAAAGUGCCAGGCAUCGGGUGUUUUCUACCGCGUUCUGCAGCCGGUCUCCAGCCAGGAACAGCAGCUACUAUGACCUGCUGGGGGUCAAGCAGGAUGCCACCCUGGAGGAGAUCAAGCAGGCCUUCUUCAGCAAGUCAAAGAAGCUCCACCCUGACAGUGACCCAGGCAACCCUGACCUGCACAGCCAGUUUGUGAAGCUCAACGAGGCAUACCGGGUGCUCAGCAAGGCCAGCAGCCGGAGACGCUACGACAGCACACAAGCAGCCCAAGAAGCUCGACCUCCCCCAGGCACCAGCAGCAGUGCCAGGAGUAACCCUUUUGAUUUGGGCGACUUUGGGAAAAGGAGCGCAUCAGAGUCCAACGAGGACGUACGGUAUUGGCAACAGUUCCACCACCCUCCUUCACAGUCAUUCUCAGGCCCCGAGUUUGAGAGGAAGCGUCGCCAGAACAGAAACAUCUUUGGGUACUGUUUGCUCGUCAUAGUGGGCGGCUUAGCUGCCCACUACAUAGGAUUCAGGAAGCUGGAGAAAGUUCACAACAACUUCAUGGAUGAGAAGGACCGGGCCAUAACCCAGAUAUAUAAUGAGAGCAAGGAACGGGCUAGGUCCAUCGGCUUCCAGAAACAGCAGGAGCUACUGCGGCAGAAGCAUGCCGAAUUUGCCCAGCGAAACAGGGCUAUCUCCAAGCAGGUUCCAGGAGGAGCCUUGGACUCUGGGAGGGAAACAGCUCCCCCUAUCUCCACUGCCAAAUGAAAAGUAAAACUGAGUUGGACCUGAAACCCUCAAGCUUGGGUUCCCUGCCUUUGGUCAUGGCCGGCUGCUGGGGCUGAGGAAGGGGCAUGUCUGAGCCUCCACCACCCAUUUCUCCACUUGUCCUCCUUCCUAAUAGAAACAUCGCUGUACUGUACAGUGAAAACUGGGCCUCUGUUGUUGUUUUCCUUGGCCUACCUCUCUUGCCACACAGAAAUACGCCCUCCGCCCUUCCUCCACUCCAACCUGUUGUGGCCUCUCCAGGUAGGACUGAGAGAGACCCCCUGCCUUGAAACCCUGGACAGCUGCUGUCAGACAGUGCAGACAUUACUGAGCUUAGAUGGAGCCAGCGGUCUGGCUUGGCUUAAGACCAGCUUCCUAUGUUUCUCUGACCAGGAGUUUGACGGGAAGCAGGGCCUAGAAGCCAAGAUUGGCAACGGUCUGCAUUUCCGGCUCUUGGUCUAUGGCAGGGGUGGGGCAGCUCAGGUGUGGGGGUCAAAUGCCUGGCCCUCGGGACUGUCCCUCAGCACACCCCACUUCCUCAGGCCACCCCCCUCACUGGUCCUGCUUCACAUCAUAGCUGUCAACCCUCCCUUUUUUUGCGGGAAACUCCCUUAUUCCAAGCCACAGCUGUCAACCUUCCCCUUUUUUUGCUGGAAAUUCCCUUAUUCCAGCGCCGUUUCCUGCUGCUGUCCUGGAUUGUUAGAUAUACUGUAGACCAGGCAUCCCCAAACUUCGGCCCUCCAGAUGUUUUGGACUACAGUUCCCAUCUUCCCCGACCACUGGUCCUGUUAUCUAGGGAUCAUGGGAGUUGUAGGCCAAAACAUCUGGAGGGCCACAGUUUGGGGAUGCCUGCCGUAGACUGUCCCCGGGACAGGUGAGGCUGCUGAUCCCUUAUUUUCAAAUCUGUAAGUUGACGGCUAUGCUUCACAUCCUCCUUUCUGCCUGGCUGGGAUGCUUCCUUGAACUUUGAUGGUGCUUGCCUGGAUGGGAAGACAGAGAGGGCCUUGUGAGUGUGUGUAGAAACUAGUCUACUGUACAAAGGUAAAAUAUGCAUGGGUCGCUCCACCCACUUUAGCCUCUGGGCCCACCCACCACUGGCAUGCAGCCCCAGAGUGUGGUCCACUCUGUUUAAAUGCAGCCCUCGGUUUGAAAAAUAUUUCCCACCUCAGGUCCAGGGUGUCCUCCCAAGCUGGCUGUUGAAUGUUUCAGCGGUUGGAACUUGCCCAAUCUAUUCCUCUGCCCUCUGGGCUUCAGGCUCCAUCAGCCAGCACAGCUGGGCCUGUGACACCUCAAAUAUUGAAGGGGGGGCACAGCUUUUCCCUCAUCCUCUAACUCAGUGUUGCAGCCCAUCCUGGAAAGUGGAAACAUACAGUCUUGACGUGGGCAGCACAGAUGAGCAGAACCUCCAGGUAACCAAACAGCCCGCCACUAAUUCCUCUUGCUUUGCCGCUGUGUGUUGUCUGAAGCAGCAUUUUGCAAACAUGAGAGGUUUGUAAGAGCAAGAAUUAAACACUCACCCACACCCAGGUCCCAUCUUCACUAUAUGUUUAAAUCACUAUCACACCACUUUAAACAGUCAGAGCUUUCUCCCCCCAAAAUCCUAGGAAUUGUUGUUUGCGAAGGCAAGGUAAGGAGAGCCCUAUUCCCCUCACAGAGCUACAAUUCCCAGAGUUCCUUGGGAAGAGGGAUUGGCUGUUAAACCACACAGCUCUGUGAAGGUGGAAGAUGGAUCUUGGCACCCUUGAGAAAAACUACAGGCCUUUGGGGGGAAUUCAUGGUUGUUUAAAGUGCUAUGGCAUUGCCUUAAAUGCUUAAUUGAGACAGGGCCUCAGAGCAGCUCACCCACCCUCUUUUUCCUGGAUAGUCACUGUUCUGGGCCUGAUUGAAAGGAGAUGGCUUAGGGCCAUGGCUCACUCAGAGAUGAAACGGAUACCGGUAGCUUAUUCUGAAGGCUAGUAAUUCUGCAUUUCCACAGUGGAAGCGAUCCAGUCGCGCUCAGUGCAAAGGCAUGGCAACAUUACCCCGCCUUGGGCUGCGGCUGAUUGGCAGAAGGCCCAGACCGGUGACUCAUGCAGAGAUACCACGGGCAGCCUUCUCUGGGCUUAAUGCCUCAAUGGCUUUCAGUGUUUUGUGCCAGGGGCACAAUAAAAAGGGGCUGCGCAGAAACCAUGCAUUUAAAGCACUUGCCUUCCCUCAAAGAAUUCUGGGAACCAUAGUGUCUUAAGGAUGGUGGGAAAUGUAGUUCUGUGAGGGGGUAAGCAACAGUUCCCGGGAUUUGUGUGUGUGCCAUGUGCUUAAAAUCUAUGGUGUGUAUUCAGCCAGGGUCCGUGUAGAGGGAAACUCAGGUAUUGAAAGGACGGUUAUGCCCCUCUGCCCCCUUUGGAGCCUGUUAUUUCCAGCAAAGAGGGGAGGGGGGGAAGAGAAAAUGAACCUUUGGAGGUAGCUCAGAGUGACGUGCAGGGAGGAUUAGCAAGACCACGGCUUGCAAGGGGAAGUAUGUGUGAAAUGCUGGUUUAAUCUCAUUGUGCGCAGGGGCCUGAACUACAAAGCUUCCUGCUCUCAGGAGGGAGGCGCCGGGGAUAAAGGAGCAGGCCUCAACUGCCGGAGCAUGCCCAAGGGUUUGUCCCCAGCACCUGGGAGAGCCUGUGCGUGCACAUGCUCACGCAAAGGAUGCACCACAUGGCAUGUGGGAGCUUACGAAGUUGGGUAACGGCAAAGCAUUCGUUAUGAUCAUUAUUUUAUUGCCUUCCACACAAUUGUGGUGAUGUACAAUGAAAGCAGCGAGCAGUUUAAAAAAAAAUAUUAAACCUGCCCAUGCGCUUAAAGCAAAACACUAUAAAA